AUCGAAACUGGUACGGGAAGCUGAUCAGCUACUGGUACAAUGUGGUCUUGCCUCGCUCGACACGAGUGAUCAAAGCCUCGCCAACGGAAUUGCAAUCAUACACCGUUUGGUCUCGUAAGCAGGAGCUGAGUGAGCCAGUGUUAUUCUACACCUCACUUUUCCUUGCCAGUGGGAUUCCCGUAGCUGAAGGGCUCUUCCCAGUUCAGGCAGCACUGUGGCUCCGACACAAGACAGUGCAGGCUAUGCAAGAAGCCUUGGCAGAUCCGGAGCGCGCAACAUCCAUUCCAGUCAUUCUCGCUGUUGGGCGUAUAGCACUACAUGAGCACAUUUAUGGCAAUCGCGAGCUUGCCCACACAAUGCACCGUCCUGCCCAACUGCGGAUGAUCAACAUGCGUGGAGGUCUCGCGAAUCUUGGUCUACCAGCAACCACUAUACAGCUAAUUGUUUGGCUCGAUGCACUAAUGAGCGCCGAAACUGGAACGACGCCAUAUUUUGCGGAAGUUCCGAAACAAGUUGGCAUCCAGUCAUACACACCACAGGAAGCGAUUCACGUCACCAACUUCUCGUCACCACAUCGGACUGCACAUCCGGGGUAUGAUAACAAGACAGCUUCUGUUUCGAGACGAAAGCGCCCCAAAACGUAGCGUCACUUUCGAACGUCCUGCGCCGAAAGGGUGUCGGGAGGAAGCCAUGCUGCAACAAUUCCAUGUUACACCCGGACAUCUGGGCCACGAACGGCGGAAGGCAGUCAAUCCCCGGAGAACUCUUAUGGGCGUGAUAUUAGCCCGAGGCUCAAUUGAUGAGCGGUGACUACCCUCUCCUUCUGCCAAGCAUCGCGCCGCUGCUGUCUCUCAGCGA